CUGUUCACCAUUAUUAUGUUGUAUAUUGAAUCUCUGAAUUGGACCACUGUCAGUUGCUGGACUUACCAUUAUUCAACAGAUAGUCUGAACUAUGAGCAGGCACGAAUAUUCUGCCAGACACGUUAUACUGACCUGGUAGCCAUACAAAACAAGAGAGAGAUUAAGCACCUUGAAGAAACAAUCCCCUAUCACAACACCUAUUACUGGAUAGGCAUACGAAAAAUAAAUGAUAAAUGGACUUGGGUUGGAACUAAUAAGACACUGACAGGAGAAGCUGAAAACUGGGGAAAAGGAGAACCAAACAACAAAGGCAGCAGGGAGGAUUGUGUAGAGAUAUAUAUUGGACGGAAGGUGGAUGCUGGGAAAUGGAAUGAUGAUGCGUGCAAAAAACUGAAACGAGCUCUGUGCUAUACAGCAUCAUGUAACAAAACGUUGUGUGGACUGCACGGAGAAUGCAUUGAGACAAUUAACAACUAUACAUGCAACUGUGAUGAAGGAUUCUAUGGAGAUCAUUGUCAGUAUGUUGUUCAAUGUCCAAGACUAGUGGCAUCACCUCAAGGUUAUAUCAACUGUUCACAUCCAUGGGGGAACUUUAGUUUCCAAUCUUCCUGCUUGUUUGGGUGCUCUGAAGGAUUUCAACUCAGCAAAUCUGUUGAGGCUGAAUGUUUACCUUCUGGGAACUGGAGCAACACAUCUCCAAGUUGCAUAGUUGUUCAAUGUCCAAGACUAGUGGCAUCACCUCAAAGUUAUAUCAACUGUUCACAUCCAUGGGGGAAUUUUAGUUUCCAAUCUUCCUGCUUGUUUGGGUGCUCUGAGGGAUUUAAACUAAGCAAAUCUGUUGAGGCUGAAUGUUUAUCUUCUGGGAACUGGAGCAACACAUCUCCAAGUUGCAUAGUAUCAUGUAACAACAAAUUGUGUGGACACCAUGGAGAAUGUAUUGAAACAAUGAACAACUAUACAUGCAACUGUGAUGAAGGAUUCUAUGGAGAUCAUUGUCAGUAUGUUGUUCAAUGUCCAAGACUAGUGGCAUCACCUCAAGGACAUAUUAACUGUUCACAUCCAUGGGGGAACUUUAAUUUCCAAUCUUCCUGCUUGUUUGGGUGCUCUGAGGGAUUUCAACUAAGCAAAUCUGUUGAGGUUGAAUGUUUAUCUUCUGGGAACUGGAGCAGCACAUCUCCAAGCUGUAUAGCAUCAUGUAGCAAAAAAUUGUGUGGACAGCACGGAGAAUGUGUUAAGACAAAUAACAACUAUACAUGCAACUGUGACAAAGGGUUCUAUGGAUAUCAUUGUCAGUAUGAUCAGGCCGCAGUUCAACAUCCACAGAAGAAUCAUCUUAAAGCAACAGUUUUAAUUGGUGGCAUAACCGCUGGAGCUGUAACAGCCCUCACAUUGAUUAUCCUGCUUAUCAGCCGACAACUAAAGAAAGCUAAAAGGGGCACAAGGGACUCCUCCCUGGAGACAGCAACAAGAGAGACAAUUAAGGGAAAACCAUAUAAACGAGAUAGGGAAUCCAAGAAAACCAAAAAGAACUUUAGAAAAUUUAGAGGAACACAAGGAGGAAAGAAACAGAGAGAAAAGAAACAAAAGAGGGUGGAAUUAGAAAAUGGUUUAAAAUGCAUUUUCAAUCUCUCAGAUAAAACCUUUACAGAGAUAGAAAUAAAACUACUCUCGAAGGGCUUAAAUUUUGCCCCCAUAUCCCCACCGAAUCAUUUUGAAUUGUUUAUUGACAUACAAAAGUUUAUUAGAAAAGUAACUCUGACAAGGUAUUAUGAGAAAAAUAAGCAUAUAGAGAAACACAAUAUGCAGGAUUUAAUUAAUUCUUCUGAGGGUAACUCUAAAGAGGGAGAAAGGUCUAAUGAAACUACAUGGGAGGAACUAUUGAAUCUUUCACUCCAUGAGGAAGGUGUAUACAUGUCUAGACACUGCCCUCUAAAACGAAAAUCUAUAUUUUACCCUCAAAAUGCACAAAGUGAAUCUAUUAAAAUGUUUAAUAAACUUGUAUGUGAAGAUAUAGAUAAUUUGUGUAGCAAUCAGAACACAGUAAGAGAUAAUUUAUCACCUAUGGAGAGGAGAGCCCUAAAAAAUCUAAUUGAGGAUACAGAUGUUAUAUACAGGGCAGCUGAUAAAGGGGGAGGAAUAGUGGUCCAGAACAGACAAGAUUACCUAAAUGAAGCAUAUAACCUUUUAAAUGAUAAGGAGACAUACAGAAUGCUUACAUUUAACCCUUCUCAUGCAUACAAAGAGGAAUUGAGAGAACUACUAACUGCAGCUAAACAAAGAGGUAUCCUAAAUCAAGCUGAGUUUAAUUACGUACAAGAAAUUUUUCCUAAAAUUGCAUGUUUCUACCACCUCCCCAAAGUACAUAAAAACCCUAUUCAUCCUCCAGGGAGACCCAUAAUAUCAGGUAUUGGGUCCCUCUGUGACAAUCUUUCAAAAUACAUUGACUACUACCUCCAACCAUUAGUAAAACAAACUAAGGCCUACUUACGGGAUACUAUAGAUGUAAUAAAUAAGUAUGAAGGAUUAGAGUGGAAAAGUGAUUUCUACUGGGUCACAUGCAACGUUUCUGCGUUGUAUACCAGUAUCCCUCAUGAAAAAGGAAUUUUAGCAAUUAAAGAGGAAUGCUCUAAAAGCAAUUUAGAGAAGGACCAAAUUGAGUUUAUUGUGAAUUCAAUAGACGUAGACAUGGUGAAGCGCAGUAUUGUGAGCGUGGAGAACGCUACACUAUCUGCAAUAUGGCGAGAAUCUCACUUUGGUCCAUAUGUUUUGGAGCUGCCCGAAAAUACAACAAUUUUGGCAACAUAUUCAAUUUUGGUUGAGGAAAGUGACAAGAACUAA